UUACCGCGGGUCUCGUGAUUUAGAGCGGAAGAAAACGCUGAUAGUUGAUGUGUGACAAUAACGGAAGAAAAAACAGCGAUAAAUUUGAGCAAUAAACGAAUAAAAGGAAUAUAUAAAGCAUUUAAGCAUGCAACAGAACCCUUAACGAGAGAUGCAAAGUCAUUCAAAAGGGAUUUAAAAUGUUUCCGUUCGGACUGAGGGAUGAUUGACAGAAGUGAAACAGGAACUCACCCAGAAUGCUCCCAUGAUGCUCUGAUCUGGUGACCUGAAGCAGCUCGGCUAGUUUCCGCUAGUGUUCAUGAUGUGGUGGUUUCAGGAGGGUCUGUGUGUGCUGCCCGUGGCUCUGGUGGUCUGGACCGCCGCCACCUUCAUCUUCGCCUACAUCACGGCUGUUGUUCUGAGACACGUCGACCCGCUGGUGCCCUACAUCAGUGACACGGGGACGGUCGCGCCGGAGAGAUGCGUGUUUGGAGUCAUGCUCAAUGUGUCGGCGUUCCUAGGUGUCGCCACUAUGUAUGUGCGCUAUAAGCAGCUCCAGGCUCUGGCGGAUGUGGAAGACACUCGUUUAAACCGGCUCAAUGUGGUCGGAUUUGUUUUUGGCUGCUGCAGCUCAUUCGGCAUGUGCGUCGUUGCUAACUUCCAGAAAACCACUCUGUUCUCGAUGCACCUGGUGGGCGCCAUUUUGACGUUCGGCAUCGGCGCGCUCUACGUUUUCAUCCAGACGGCUCUGUCGUACCUCAUGCAGCCUCACAUCCACAGCAAAACCAUGUUCUGGACGCGGCUGAGUGUUGGUAUCUGGACCCUCAGCAGCAUCAUCAGCAUGUUUGUGUCGUCUGUGAUCAUGUACAGCACUCUACCUGGGGUGGAGGUCAACAAGAAGCUGCACUGGACGCCUGGAGAACCUGGUUUCACGGCUCAUAUCGUGAGCACCAUCUCUGAAUGGUCCCUCGCACUGUCCUUCAUCAGCUUCUUCCUCACCUACAUACGAGACUUUAAGAAGAUCAACCUGCGUGCCUCAGCCGAGCUUCAGAGCAACCAUCUGUACGAAUCGCAGCAUUACCGGCCCGUUUCUGCACGAGGACCGACUGAGACGUCCCCGCUGCUGACAGGGAGCAUCUGAUGACCACAGCUGGACAGAAAAACUGAGAUUCUCCAGCAAAACACAGGGUUAAACAGAAGCACUGGACUGACUGUGGAGAAGAGCUCAAACUUCAUAACAACAUUCAUACAACCUUUACACAAUGCUUGAAGUCAUGUUAUUAAUAUGUUUGCUCCAGUCGUUUGACUGCAGCGGUUUGACUGUUCUUGAUGUAUGAUAUGCUAAAGUUUGUUGCUGGAAACUACCCAUAUGAUUAAUGUUGUAGAAAUCUAUAUUGACAGACUGUGAUUCUCCAGCAGAGGGCAGCAACACACAGGGUUCAAGACAGAAACACUGCACAGAGUACACACAGUGGAGAAACUCUCAAACUUCAUACUUUUAAACGACAUUCAUACAACUUUUACACAAUGCCUGAAAUUAUAUUAUGAUACAUAAUAAAUGCUGAAAGUGUUGCUGGAAACUGCAGAUAUAUGUGGUAACACUUUACAAUACGGUUGUAUUAUUUGUUAUUAAUGUAUUUACAAUCAAUACAUGUGUUACUGUUUAUUCAUCAUUGUUAACAUUAAUGAAAGUAUAGCUACUCAUGUUAACUGGCAAUGCAUUGACUAAUGUUAACAGGUAUGAGUUUGGAUUUCAGGUAAAUGUUGAAUUAUGAUUAAUAAAUGCUGUAGAAGUAUUGUUCAUACUUGGUUCAGGUUAGUGAAUACAUCACUUAAUGAAAUCUUAUUGUAAAGUGUGACCAAAUUCUCUGGUUUUAGAACCGCAUUCAUUAUGGCACUGAAACUGUAUAAUAGUGGUCGACUUGUACAACAUUUAAUAUAACAUUUCAUACCUCUUGAAUAAAAUGAAAAGCUG